AUGGUUGAAGAAAAAAAUUUAUAUGAGUUUGGAAGACUGACUGACAAAACUUUCUCAGACGGUGAAAAGUCAAAUGAAGGAUGGUCAGAAGAUGAGUUCAUACACGGGAAAAAAGCUUCAGACAUAUUUUACGGUAUGUCUCCCAUACCUGAUUGCCCUGAUCCUAUUGUUGAACCCGGACCAUUUCACAGUUUAGGUCCAAAUGAUGAUAUAUUUGUUCGUCAAAUAUUUAGUUCUACUAGGCCGCAAGUAGUAGCGUAUCUAAUUGAAAUUCCCCGUGCUAAAUGGACUAUAGCAUAUUCGUCGUCGAAACGUUACGAUUACAUGACCUCGAACAGUGCAGAGUCCAUGAAUGCUUUAUCUGUAGAUGCAAGGAAGAUGCCUAUAAUACCCCUUCUUGAGUUCUUCCGACGUCUUUCACAGGAAUGGUGUUACAAGCAUCGCAUCGAAGGAGGGGAACGUUCAACAGUGCUAACCGAGUGGGCUGAAAAAGUAGUUAGUAAAAAUGAAGAGCGUACGACAGGAUGCGACUUGUCCGGCAUUGGUCCCAAAGAAACAAAAAAGGCUAGAAAAACUAGUACGGUAUCAGGUAGUAACACAAAAGGAAAAGGGAAAGGGACAGAAGGGAUUCAGGAGAUGCUAGAGACGCACAGGACACAAGAGACGCGUUGGAUGAGUGGGACGCGGAGAGAAGACUAUUGUUCAACGUUUGAUUUGAAUGAUUGA